CUCGCGAUAACUUGACCCAGUCCACGCGUGGUCGUAAUAUGCUCUAAUGUAAAUACUGAAGAGUGCUGUUGGUGUCCUUGUGUCGUGGGCAGUGCCAGUCAUUCCACGGAGCAUCGUCGGACAGUGGACAGCCAGAGCAGUCUGCGGCAGGGGGUGUCAGUGUCCCGGACGUCACACGGGUCCACGAGUAGUAUCCCACCUCCAUCCAGCAUGUGGAGCAGCCGCUGUUUUCUCCUUGGAUGACCUACACGCCACCUCUCUCCGGAGCAGCGGACGUCGCAGCUGAGUGCAGCCGGACACCUCGAGGGGGCAGCGGGGUACGGAUCGGAACCACAGCCGGGUCGGAGCGGGUCUAGUGCGGGUUCCUUCAGGCCGAGUUGGAGGCAGCUGACCGGGAGAAACGCUGCGUUUUUGUUUUUGUUUUUUCUCCCUGUCGUGGCUGCAGACAGAGGACGGGAAGUUGACGAAAAAUAGUGUCAGCACCUGGAAAACUUCUCCAUAGAAAAUACAGAAAUAACGACAAGGCGGGUCAGUUAUUUCCUUAAGGUUGCGUUCACAUGAUGUACACAAUCACCAGAGGUCCCAGCAAACUUGUUACACAACGGAGGACAGGUCCCACACAACAAAUUGAGAGCAAGUUCAGCGACUUGAAGCUAAAACCAACGUCUUGGCUCACGUCAAACUCUCCGCCUCCAAAGAUAGUCUUCAAUCGCCUGAACGGGAAACGCUACCACGGCGCUGCCACACAGAAGAGCAACAGCGCGGCAGAAGGAUUCACUCCUGCACAUGAGGAGAACGUCAGAUUUGUGUAUGAAGCGUGGCAGGAGGUGGAGCAGAAGUUGGGCAACGAUGGAGAAACGACAGGCAGCCAGGGGCCCAUCCAGUACAGUGAGAAGACCCCCAAUUCUGCAAUGAAGAAUUUUGUGCCCAUAGACCUGGAGGAGUGGUGGGCUCAGCGCUUCCUUGCCAACAUUGCCAACCUGUCGUGACCAUGUAAGGCUUGGUGUCAGAACAGGAAGCACUGCGCUGACGCUUCAUCGGUGAUGGCGUCACAAGAUGGAGAGGAGCCAUGUCCGUCUCCACGACGUGUGUUGCGAGGAAUUGUGCAUAAUUUGGAAUCUGAUUUGUGCUUCACGCAGCUGUAGAGAAUAAAGGAUGCACAACACAAACUGCCUCCAUGCAACAACCUGACUGAACUCUGACAGCGUUGACUUGAACCCAUUUUCUUUACUUGAGUGGCGUAUUGGAUUGAAGACCCUGCCUCCUUUCUCAGCUGUAUGUAUUUCUUGGCUGAUCUUUGGAUAUAAAUGUGUUGAAAAGCAAAAAAAGUAAAAUGUUUUUCAAGA